CGGCGAUCCCUGGGGUUCCCAGCAGCGGGACCGCGGCGAUCUAACAUCUUAUCCCCUAUCCUAGGGGAGAAGAUGCCAGGGGCGGAGUACCCCUUUAAGCAUUUAUUUUGUCAUCAUGUCGCGUUAGCAGGAAUACGCUGAGCGGCUAUUUCCUCGCCGGGCGGAACAUGGCCUGGUGGCCGAUUGGCGCCUCGCUCUUUGCCAGCAGUGAGGGCUCCGGGCUGUUUAUCGGGCUGGCGGGCACUGGGGCGGCAGGUGGCAUCGCGGUGGCAGGAUUUGAAUGGAAUGCCACAUAUGUUCUACUGGCCCUGGCUUGGAUCUUUGUUCCAGUUUACAUAUCUUCGGGGAUUGUCACCAUGCCGGAGUAUCUGCAGAGAAGAUUUGGGGGGGAGAGGAUUCAGAUGUAUCUGUCUGCUCUCUCCUUGCUCCUGUCCGUCUUCACUAAGAUUUCUACGGAUCUCUAUUCUGGAGCGCUUUUCAUCCAGGUGUGUCUGGGCUGGAACCUCUACCUGUCCACGGUGCUGAUGCUGGUGGUCACCGCAAUGUACACCAUCGCAGGGGGUCUGGCUGCUGUCAUCUAUACGGACGCACUACAGACGGUGAUCAUGAUAGUGGGCGCCAUUGUCCUGACCAUCACAGCGUUCAAUAAAAUUGGAGGCUACCAAAAUCUAGAAAAGGCGUAUGCGGCGGCCAUACCUUCCCUGGUCGUCCCGAACGCCACCUGCCACAUCCCUCGCUCUGACGCCAUGCAUCUUUUUCGUGAUCCGGUCAGUGGGGACCUUCCUUGGCCAGGCAUGACCUUUGGAUUAACCAUCCUUGCCUCCUGGUACUGGUGCACGGAUCAGGUCAUCGUGCAGAGGUCGCUGUCGGCCAAGAACUUAAGCCACGCUAAAGCCGGGUCUAUCCUCGCCAGUUAUCUGAAGAUGUUACCGAUGAUCUUUAUCAUUAUGCCAGGAAUGAUCAGCAGGGCGCUAUACCCAGAUUCGGUCGGAUGUGUUGUCCCUGAGGAGUGCAUCAAAUUUUGCGGGGCUGAAGUUGGUUGUUCCAAUAUUGCCUACCCGAAGCUGGUUACUGAACUGAUGCCUAGUGGCCUUCGUGGUCUGAUGAUCGCAGUCAUGAUGGCGGCUCUCAUGUCUUCAUUAACCUCCAUAUUUAACAGCAGCAGCACCCUCUUUACUAUGGACAUCUGGAGGAAGAUCAGGAAGAAUGCCAACGAGAAAGAACUUCUUCUGGUGGGAAGGAUAGUGACUGUGGUCCUUGUGAUCAUCAGCGUGGUCUGGAUUCCAAUCUUACAGAACGCCAACAGUGGGCAGCUCUAUGUGUACAUCCAGUCUGUCACCAGCUACCUGGCCCCCCCGGUCACAGCUGUGUUUGGCUUGGCAGUAUUUUGGAAGAGAGCCAACGAGCAGGGAGCGUUCUGGGGUCUUAUGGUCGGACUGGUGGUUGGAUUAGCUCGAAUGAUUCUGGAGUUUGUGUAUCCCAUCCCUCGGUGUGGAGUUUAUGAUGAAAGGCCGUCCAUUCUGAAGGAUGUUCAUUACCUGCACUUUGCCAUCAUUUUAUGUGCGUUGACAAUAGGAGUAGUAGUCGGGAUAAGUCUUCUUACGGAGCCACCGCUCCACGCUCAGAUAAAAAACCUCACGUGGUGGACUAUACCCCGAGGAAGAAGCCCACCUGAGAUCACACUAAGGAAAGUGUCCACUCGAAGCCAUUCAUCCCCCAGAGAGAAUGAAGUCCAAGCCAACUGUUCCCCCCGCAGCCGGACCUGGAGCAGCAUGUUGUGCAAAUCCCCCUCAGAACCAGUGGAAUCUCCUGCCGCCAUUCAACAAAGAAGCAUUAGAGAGGAUCCAUUUUGGGCAAGGGUGUGCUGCAUUAAUGCCAUCAUUCUCAUGUGCGUCAACAUUUUCUUUUACGCCUAUUUCGCAUAAAGACCAAAAAGGAGCGGGAAAACACUGAAUUAACAUUACCCAAAAGUGCCCUUUACAUUAACCCUUUAACUGUUUAGCCAUUAGUACAUGGUCACAGUUGAUGUCAAUCCAUUCUCCGGCUUGGAAAAUGCCUCCAUAUAACAACAUCCACUGCCAGCUCAUGCCAUGGCUCAGCUUAUUACUGGCUGCUCACGAGAAGCACAUGCCAUGGGAAGGACUAUACAGCGUGCAUGUAUAAAAUGUCAGCAGUAUACGGUUCCUGCCCUGGUAACCUCACACUGCAUAACGCAUGCUUGGCGGACCACCAAGGCUGAACAGGCGGCACGGUGACAUUCCUGAGAAUGUGCGCAGUCAUAAAGUACAAUUACUAAAUAAAACGUAUUAUUAAUGGAGCGGCCUUCUG